AUGUCCAGCUUCCGAGCUAUCAAUCGGCCUUCGGAGAGCCCGUUGAAGCCUCAUUCAAGAAGGCGACCGUUAUCUGAUGUCGUGUCCCAACAAUGUCGCGAAACGGACAGAGGCAUGGCCUCAGCUCUGAGUCCUGAGCAAGCACCCUGCGCAAAGCGAAAGCUGGACAGGGCUAAGAAUCAGGUAUCUCCAAAGGUCAUGAUUCCAGCGGCACAACAACAACGAACGUCUCCCGAGACCCAUCGUAUGAAAUCUCCCAAAGCGCGCCCCUGGGCUGCGGUGCUUCCAACCCACCAGCAGAGCCCUGGUCUGUCUAAAAACAAAGGCGAUAUCAGACAAGCAGUCGCAAAAGCCAAAAAAGCUAUGCAUACCCCAAGCAAGAAAAAGGGAAUUUCGAGCGCUUCGACGUCAAGAGCCCGGAGGCAGCAGCCUCCAAGCGAAAAGAAUCUUGUGCCCUCCAUUGAGCAUUCUGCGCGCAAGAGGAUUACCAGAUCCACGCCAGAUUGUGGCACCGAUGAAGGAAAAGAAAGCGAUUAUAUCCCUUCGCCAGCAGAACUGGCAGAUGCAACCCCCAGCUCAGCAUCAAGUACUUCGUCUCGAAGGAAUCCUUGCGAGCAUAUAUCUACGUGUCCGAAUACUGGAUCCAGUGCAAUGUUGGGAUCUACAUCCGACUCAUCGCCGCUAAAAUCACCACCAUGGGCCAGCGACACGCUUGUCAUCAAGAAAGAGUCGACCCCAGCACCUCAAAGCUCGCCGAAUCUCGAGACAGUAGUGACGCCAAUGCCCCCAUCACCAUCUAUAUGGAAUUCAAAGCUUCGUCGAAAAAGAUUUGAGGAGGCUGAUUUUGUAGAACUGCCCAAGGAGGUGUUCGAUUACAAAAAAACCAAAAAGGAGAUGCGCCAGCAGUUGGCCGUAAAGAAACAAGUCAUGAUGGCAGGAAAGCGCAAGGAGAAAGGUAAAAUAGGGGAGCGACGAUCAGUCGUGGAGACCUAUAAGCAGACACAGAAGACGGACAAGAGGAAGGCAGACGACGAAGGGAAGCACAUGGAACCGCGCAAGCGACACAAACCGUUGAAAUCGCAGAAGCAUGGUUUUCAUGAUUGUUCUACUCGUGAUGACAGGAACACCGUUAUUAAAGAAAGCGAUUCGAGCAAGCAAAUGAGUGCUCAAAAGCCGCCGACGGGCAAGAGCCUGAGACAGGGAGCACAAAGAUACGGAGUGGUCGCUGUCAAGGCCGAGGACAGAUCAGGUAUGAAUGAUGUCCGUUGUCAUGUAGACAUCGAGGCCAGCGGGUGUUCAUCAGAGGGCGCCAAAAUCCAGAAAGCGCAGCGUUCCUCCAGAGCGGGUGCUGAGGCACGCGAUUUUCAACUGCAUGAAGAGCAGUCGGGCCAGUCUGGCGGUCAAGCAUCGAGAGAUAGUGGGCAACAGAAGAGAGCUCCUAAUGAAGGAUGGCGCAAGCCUUAUGAAAGGCGAGAGGUAUCUGUGCCCGAGGUACUCAGAAGCUGUUCGUGUGCACUAUUGCCCGAGUACUUUACGAGCAAUCCAGGCUACGGGCCUUGUCUAGCGACAUGGCCGGGCGGCAAGCUCGACUUCUUCGAGCACGUGAAGCAAAUCAGCUGCUGCCGCGGCUCGAUCCACCCUCCUAUGGUUAUUGAUGCAUGCAAGAGGAUGCUUAGGGAAGAGGGUUACCCAUGUCGUGGAGACGAGCAGUCCCUCGAGUCAAUAUUUGGAUUUGCUCAUGGAGUCCUUUCCACUAAUAACCGAGGUAGUGAUCAGUCAGGGCGAGCCCAGUCAAGUAUUCCCCCUCCAGCAUUCUAUGGCUAUGGAGAGAGCUAUCGACCUCCCCUCAAUGCCGCAGGCUCGUCACGUUCUGCACAAACCACGAAUACGGAGUUGCGCUCCUUGGGCUUUCGUCUCGGUCCAGAACGAUCACUGCCACCCAAGGAGGCCCCCAACAAACCCACGCUGCCGGAGAAUCUGUGGGUGCAUGAGAGAGUCAAAACCACUACGAAUCCAACUAGCUCCUCAUUUGACCAGCAUCCAAGCUCUGCUAUAGUCGACGACGCCAGCGGCUAUCCCACCCAGCCAGACUCAUUUCCGCCAGGCAAGCGGAGCGGAGCCGAUAUACCUAAUCAUCACAUCUCUGAUAGCUCAACCUACGGAGAAGAAAAUGCGGCAUUAAGGCGAACCAGCAAAGGUCUGUCAGGAGCAUUUAGCGGACGUCCUGAGCCGCAGGCUUCUUUCCGUGCUCAGCGUGCUCGACAUCAGUCAAUGCCCGUCGAGUCGAUACGCAGAAACAACGCUGCCAAUCAACGUCAUCCUUCGCCGCAACCUCCACAAAAACGACGUGACCACGCCCUUGAGGAAAUCUCGAACAACGCCAUUCUCCGGAACCUGGACAGGAAACUCGCCAGCUUCGAAAAAGUGCUACUGGAACGCCUUCCCGCCACAACACCAACACAGGCCGCUGCGGUGGCCCCGGCGACCGCUCCACCCGCAACCGCAACCGCGGCCGCUCAAGGCGGGGACGGAGCCGAAGGAUCCCAAGUGAGGAAGAAGAAGAAGAAAAGGCCGUCGCGCGCUGAGCGGCAGCUGAAACGUCCAGUCUUGGACCGCCACGUGCCCGCGCACCUUCGGUUGCCGGACCACGGCAUCGUCGAAGUCGGACGCCUCGUCAAUCAUUACGAGAGGCACGCCAAAGCCCCCUACGCUUUCGGUUGGGGCGGCCGCUUGUACGCCGAGUACAAGCAUCUCUUGACCCGGAGCGGUGACGGUGUGCCGGUCUGGACCGCCGAUGAGAUCAAUCGGGUCAGGCAGUGA